AUGUAUGUAUCUAAAUUUCCCGCGCGAACAUUGAACUCAAAACUCACUGCUUUUCUUUUGGGGAAGCUCGAGGAAACCGGAGCGAAAAUUUUGGAAAUGGACUUUCUGGAUGAGUCCACUAUCGAGCAUGCGGCCAGGGAGUAUGGUGAUCAGCCCCUCGAUGUUCUCGUCAACGUUGGCGGACUACCACCGAACCCCAAAGCCUGGCAAGAGAAUACCCCCUCGCUUCUCUCAGAAAGGUUCUCCGUCUGGGCCCUUUCAUGGUAA